AUGGAAUCUAGUGAGACUCUAAACACUUCACUGUCGGCUGUAAAAUCAAUACCUGACGAAGAUCUCAAUGAUCUUCUCAUAUUCAGCCAGAAAGGAAGUGUCGAAAAUUCCAACCUAACCGAUUUUCAAUAUCGCGAAGUCAUGGAGAUGACGGCAGAUCUUUUUCGAGAUGACGACGAAGAAGGACUAACUUUCAAACAAAAAACUCAAAAAUACCCUCAAGAGUUUAAUCUGUCUUUUUCUUCGGGAACACCAGAUCCAAGUUUAUUAUUGAACUCACAGAAAAGUGAAAGCAUUGGGCUUAGUUGCGGCACCCCCAUUUUACAAGAUAAUCUUGAGGAAUCUGUUUUUGUUCAUCCUCAAAUGAAGAAUGAGCCACUAGAUCUGUCGGUACCGUCAGUUCAAUUUUCACCUGCUAUAUCGUCUAAGUUAGAAAAUCAAUCAAAUGACGAUCUGGAUCUUGAGUUUUCUGCAGAUCCCUUUUCUUCGAUCUCGAGACCAAAUGAAUCGGAUAUAUAUGUCUCUGAGGAUGACCCAUACAAAAUAGGUCCAAGUUCCUCUCGUGCUUGUAAAUCAUCCAUGGAGUUUUUAACGCAAAGCUACAGUCAGGUAUCCUUAGAAGAUGAGGAAGAAAUUUUAAACAAACGACGUAAUUUGUAUUCAACCAAAGCCCAGAAGGAUUUUACCCAAAUUCCAAGCUCGGUACAACGGCUCUAUGAUACCAUUAAAGUGGCGUAUUCAGAUUUUGCUUUCGUAUAUUCCCUGAGCGCACAGAUGUGCCAAGAAAAAGUGCCCAUGGACUGCUUUGUGCAUUUAAAAAUUGGUCUAUUGUUAAGCAUUGCCUCACUAGAGGACAAUCCAGAUCGUCCACCUAUCUCCGUAGUAGCCAUUGGACCUGAGUUUGAUAUGGCCAGCUUGUUGAUGGAGCACAUUGGCAGUGUGGCAGAGAGAUUCGUUGGACCAGAUGAUGAUUUCAAGGUGCCAGCCAAUGAAGACAGCAAGCACACAUGGAUUCAUGCCGAUCCUAUUGUAAUGGCCAGCGGUGGGAUAUUCUUUGUGGGUGAUUGGGGGCGAUUAAGAGCGUCCCGAAGUUUUAGAUUAUUUAAAAUCAUUGAGUGCGGUCAAGUACCUCUUGAAAAGACCACCGUCACUUGCGAUUUAGAAGCAGCUAUCUGGACUCACUGGCGAUCGUAUAAGUUUAAUACUAAAGACCAACAUCUUUUUAAUAAAUUUAUCGAAAUUUUUGGUAUACCACUUAUAAUCGAAGACGAUAAUCACGAAGCUCUGGUGGAUUUUAUACUAGCACAGUCGUCAAUAAAUAAACCCGAGUCAACUGUCGAUGAACUCUCAAUUGGGACAGAUGAUAUGCGUGAUUUUCUCGCAAUCGUAAGCAAACGCAGGGUAGAUCUAACAGAAGAAGCUUCAGAGAUUCUGAGGAAGUAUUUUAUAGCUUCUAGAAUGGACAGACCAGAUUGCUUAGCACAAAAAUCAUUUACUACUCUUAAACUAUUUGCCGAAUCGUUUGCUAAGCUAUCCCUUCGCCAUGACGUUGUAUUGAUCGAUGCGAUUUCGGCAGUUUAUAUGGCUGAGAAUAUGAUACAGAAUCUGUUUGGAGCAGGAGCAUAUCCUCCACCAGAAUUUAAAACUCACUCUUUUAUUGGUGAUGUCGAUGAGCAUAUGAUGAAGUUUCAGGAAUGGCUUGAAAAUUACAUUUCUAGGUACUAGAAUAGGAAAAGUUUUUUUUGGUUUUUUAUUUACAUGUGUAAAAGAAGUUCUAAAAAAUAGGUUAAGCCAUUUUUUUCUAAAAAUG